UCUUGCAAAAUCAAUUGAUGUGCCUGCUAAAUGAAAAGGAGUGGAUAAAUGAUGAUGUGAUCAAUGCAUAUAUAUGUUGUAUAAAGGACCAAAUACAUCUCCAGAAUGAUAAUAAAGUAUAUUUUGAGAGUCCAUUUGUUACCUCACUAUUUAAACGAGAUGGCGAACUUGGAAUACAAAAAGAUAGUGCCUUCAUGACAGAGACUGUCGUCGAAUAUAUGCAACAUGACAUGAUUAAACUUCCAAUAAAUGCCAACAACACACAUUGGUAUUUAGCUGUUGUGAAUACAAAAAAACGUGAGGUUCAAGUACUGGACUCAUUGUGCUGGGACUUUGACCGUGAUGAUCUCGCUCAUACGCUACGAGGAGUACAAUUUCAUUUGGACCUUCUUAAAAGUCAAAACUUGGUAAAAGACAAUUGGAAAGACGUUGAUCUCACUGAAUGGAAGAUCACAGAACAAUUACAAAAGGCAAUUCAAACAGACAGUUCUUCAUGUGGUUUGUUUAUGAUCAAAUUUAUGGAAUAUUUCACCGGAUGUGCACUAUCUUACCCAAUUACACAGGAAAUGAUUACUUCAUUUAGGUUUAAGUUAGCCAGCAUACUAUUAUGUUGGAAAACAAACACUGCAGCAAGGACUACAAUCGUUGAAGAAAGUAACGAUGACACUAAUGGAGAUCCUGAUGAUGUUCAAAUAUUAGAAAGCCUAGAUGAUAUAAAAAUAUCAAAGAAAAAAAUCCCAUUAUCUGUUGAAAAUAAAUACAGAUCACUAAUAUCUAUUCUUUCUAAUAUGAGUGUACAUGAAUUAACAGCUGGACUCUGUAGCUUCAUUAAAUCAAUCAAUUACACUGAGAUUUUAGAGAAAGUAUGGAUCCAAAGUUCAAAGCCAUAUCCGAUUAGCUUGUCUCUCAGAAAACUACAAGAAAUGCUGAAGGAUGAUUUACCCAUGGACAAAGAUUGCUUUAAUUUGGUUGUACGGAAGAUUAUAUUUGAUGACAUCCAAACGGCACAAAAAACAAAACAUUCGAUAGCAAAACAUUAUCUCGACAUGAAAUUUUGGAUGACUACUGAUUUUGGACGGCACCCAGAAUUCCGUAAGAAGUUAGAUGCUGAACAACUAGCAAAUACUGUUCGUAAUUGGCCUGGUAUAAAAUAUAAUGUUUCAACAUGCAAAACGGUAAGAGCACUUUUGUAUACUUUAGGCCACAAUUUUUUUAUUACAUCUAAUAUGUAG